AUUGAACAGAAAAAGUAGCGCAAUGCAACGCAUCUGCCAUUAAGAUCGCUUCUACCUUCUGGGCAUGCAACAAGAGGAAAGAAUAAGGAUAUUAUCGUUGAUCUCCUGAGACUUCUGAACGACUACAAACACACGAAGGAUUUUGUCUUUUCAUACGUUUUUCUACUAUGGCUAAUAUAUUUUCUGGUUCGAACUCCACCGCACUGGACACUAUCGCCGCAGCUCGAUGUUUACUAGAUCUGUCCAAAUCUUUUUUGCCAAAAUCUCCUCCUGCUCGGAGACAAAUCGAACACACCUCUGCACUGGUGAUGGUCGCUAGAGUUUUAGUGUCUUUGGAUCAAGAGUGCGAUGGUUUGGAUACACAGACCAUACUGUCUUCACCCAAUCCACCGAUCAUGACCGAGAAAGAUUUGUUCAGCUAUUCAAAAGAAGAAGGCCUUGCUCAUAGCACUUGUCAGGAAAGAGAUCGAGUUACGCAUCGACUGAAUUCCAAGUACGUUUACGCCACACCUUCUAGCAACGCUACCGAAGUGAAAACAAAACAUCCGAGGCGAAAUACUACGAGAAGAUCUAAGGGAGACGUAAAGAAGAUUCAUUCCUGCCAUUAUGAUGGCUGCAGUAAAACUUAUGGGAAAAGCAGUCACCUUAAAGCCCAUCUUCGAACCCACACUGGAGAAAGACCUUUCCAAUGCACUUGGAUUCGAUGCGAAAAGAAAUUUGCCCGAUCGGAUGAGCUUGCGCGCCACUACAGGACUCAUACUGGCGAAAAAAGAUACGUGUGUAAGAUAUGUAGCAAGAGGUUUAUGCGAAGUGAUCACCUUACCAAACACUGCAAGACACACUCAACUUCUUUCAAAGAAAACAUGGCUAAGCCUACCAAUCCAAUGUUUUUCUAAACCCAUAGUUAAUAUUAACUAUGCUAAACCGGAACAAAAGUCAACGCAAUAUAUUUAAACUGAACAUACGCAAAUUUAUACCAUAAAACAUUUGUCAAUCUUGAUUAUCUACCAAUUUUGAUCAUGCAAGAAAAUUCAUAAUUUUUAUCAUAAUUUUAAGGCUUUGAUCCAGCUGGCUGGAGCGAUCGAUGAAAUGAUGUUCUUAUGAUAUUCAAAUAUGUAAUUUUAUAGUAAUUAUAUGCCAAAUAGAUAAAGUGUUGCACUGCUUGUGCGAAUGUUUCAGAAA